AUGAAGUUUGAGCACGUGUCUGUAACUCCCAAGGCCAUCAUCGGGGACGGCAAUUCACACAUCGACCAGUUGCUGGUAGCCGGCCCUGGACACGAGGCAGUCGAGGCAUUGCAGUCCGUCAAGCACCGCAUCGACAAAGACACGGCCGUGUGCCUGAUGACGGAUGGACUGGGUGUCUUGGAAGAAGUGAGGAAUCGGGUCUUCCAUGGGACCGAGUCUAGCCCCAGCUUCCUCCUUGGUCAUAUGAGCCACCGCCUGGCCUAUAACCGGAGCCAGGAUUCGGUCAAGGAGCUGCGGUAUGGGAAGAUGAAGCUGACUUUUGGUGAUCUUGGCCGUGACGCGGAAAGGACGGAGACGAGAAUGAACUUUGUCCAGGCCCUGCAGGGCGUCAAGGACCUCAAUUCGUCCCUAACAGCGUUUGACAAGUGGCUCCAUUUCAAGCUCCCGUCAGUCAUACUAGAUUCCGUUGUGGAGCCCGUGUGCGUCCUGUUAGAGAUUCCGUAUGCCGGACUCUUGCGAAAUCCUGCUGCCCAGCGGAUGAUGGACCGGCUACUGGCCGAGAUUGUCUCCGUGGUGGAUAACAUGCCCGAACUGGAAGGUUCUGCGGCAAUUCGCGACUUCAUCCGCGGCAACCGGAUCAAGCAGCACAUCUACAGCCGCAUCAUGGCAAGACGCGGCGCUUCAUCAAGCGACCUGGCGCGGCAGAUUCAAAACGGCCUGCCCACAGACGUCGACUACCUCAACGGCUUCUUCAUACGGUGCGGCCACGAACUGGGCGUCCAAGUGCCCACCAACAUCAUGUUGAGAGACAUGGUCAAGGCAAAGCACUCGCUGGCCAUUGAGAGGCUGAAUUCCUACGUGCCCAUCGAGGAGACUUCGGUGCCCAGCCACCUGGCGUUUCGAUACCGGACCUUGCCAGCUUCCAGCCGCAGCAAGCUUGUGUAA